CAAAAUUCCUCGAAUAAACUAAAGACGUUUCUUACGCGAAGUGUUAAAUAUCCAUCAAACUUCGUGGCUUUGAGUACAAAGAUAUUCAUUCCAGCCUGAGGCUACCAGUAGGUAAUCUUGGAGGGUGACUAAAAUGCUUGGCGAAUACAGAAUAGAGUCAAACCUUGACCGCCUUUGGAGUCGGCAAACUACAUCCUGGCGAAACGAUCCUCCGAUUAUCAGAUAACGGUGACACCAAACCAGCUUUUAUCCAAUCUCCCAUACACCAAAAACGCCACGAUCACCAUCACAAAAAUGCCUUCCUCUUCACUAGCCGAUUACCUCGCAAAGAACUAUUUAACAGCCGACCCCGCUACGGAGCGACCCAAAAAGAAGCGCAAGAAGACCAAGGAAGUCGAUACCGCCACACAAGGCCUGAUCAUUGCCGAUGACGACCCUCCCGAUCUCAAGAGCUCCUCGAUGAACUUCAUGAACGAUGACGAGGAUGGUCCAUCAGUUGUAACGUCUACCCGGAGUGCGGAGUUCCGUCGCACGAAAAAGUCGAACUGGAAGAGUCUAGGCGGUGCCGGGAACGAGCAGGACGCGGCGGAUGCGAUUAUCGCGUCGGCUGCUGCUGAGAAUGCGGCGCGUAGGAAUGAAGGAGAAGAUGAUGAUGCACCUGCCGUCGUUGAAGGGGAGGAUGACGAUGGAGCGAUGAGGAUGGAGUCUGGUGCGAGGGCGGGUCUACAGACUGCGGCCCAGACGGCUGCGAUGGUUGCUGCGCAGGAACGACGGAAGAAGGUCGAGGCUGCCUUGUAUAAGGACAAUCCAGCAGGGGAGCAGGCACAGGAGACGAUUUAUCGUGAUGCGUCUGGACGAAUUAUUAACGUGGCAAUGAAGCGGGCGGAGGCGCGUAAGGCGGAGCAGGAAAAACUUGAGAAGGAGGAACAGGCGAAAGAGGCGCUGAUGGGCGAUGUCCAGCGGCAAGAGCGAGAGAAACGUCGAGAGCAGAUUCAGGAAGCGCGGGCGAUGCCGGUUGCCCGGACGGUCGAUGAUGAAGAUAUGAAUGACGAGUUGCGGGCCCGACAGCGGUGGAAUGAUCCAGCUGCACAAUUCCUGACGAACAAGGGUCCUGGGAAGAGCGCAACCGGUAAACCUUUAUACAAGGGGGCUUUCCAGCCGAAUCGAUAUGGAAUCAGACCCGGGCACCGAUGGGAUGGAGUGGACCGCAGUAACGGAUUCGAGAAAGAGUGGUUUGCAGCUAGGAAUCGGAAAGGAAGACUGGAGGCUUUGGAUUACCAGUGGCAAAUGGAUGAGUGAUAUUGUACAUAAGAAUGGGGUUUUAUUAUUGGGGCUUUGUCCGGUGCUGGACACUGGAGAGACGUGUGACUUUAUAAUACUGAUACAUUAUUG